UCAUAUGUGAUCAUUUUUCUCCUAACAGUGAUGAGUGUGGAUUGUAGUUUUGUCUUGUCACUCGAGGCUUUUGUUGUAUUUCUCAGGAGAGCAGCCUCCCUCCUCUAUGGCUCCAGUUCUGCUGAAGUCUCAGUCGAAGACACUGGUGAUUGGAUCGACUGGUGGGAAUAUGAUCACUACUGGAAUGGCCUCGGCGCUCAUGAACCACCUUUGGUUUGGAAAGAGCCUUAAGGACGCAAUUAAUACUCCAGUUGUUUAUGUCGACUCUGAAAAUGCAGUAAAGUUUGAACCCAACUUUGAAAAGGAUGUAAUUGAGGCUCUUAAGAAAAAGGGACACAAUCAUCAACCAGCAACACGAUUCUACAAUGUAGUUAACGCUGUGGAAAAGGAGGACAGCUGCAUCUCUGCAUGGUCUGAUGAAAGGAAAAAAGGCAAAGCAGCUGGUUACCGAGGCCAAAAGCCAGGGAUGUUAGUUUGAUAGCAUGACUUUAAGGUUAUAGACACUCCUGCAGCCACAAAACUACAAAAUUGUAGACAAUAGUGUGUAUAGUACUUAAAGAUCAUUAAACAAGAUGCUGAUUAUUCUUCCAUUCUCCCAGUAAACAUUUUCCUAGUAAGUUUAUAGUUCCAGUUCAUAUUUUCAACUCUUACAAUGCAUGUUUAUUUUGGUAAUUUUAACCCCACGACAGUCCAAAAGGAUCAUAAAGUAGAGUACGCUUAGGGUGUCCUGUCUAUAUUUUGAUUUUUGGUUUCAAACAAACCAACAAAAACAAUUUAAAAAACACAUAACAAGAUGGUCACAGUCAUAAUGCUCAGGUUAACACAUAUGUAGUAUAUGUGAAACACAUAAUCACAGUUAAUUAGGCUGAAUCCAAAACACCAGGGCAGAUGUCACUGUUACAGCCAUGACAUGGGU